AUGGUGUUGAUGGUCUGGUUGAGCUUGGGAGCGAGUUCGAGAGAAGAGGAGAACUACGUGAAUAUGAGUCAAGAGAAGUCAGAGAAGAAGGCUUCACGAGAUAAAGAAAGGGAUCAUGUGAACAAGAAACCUGUCCAACAGUUAGCCAACAGGUGGUGGAGAGGUACAAAAAAUGACGUUGCACAUUGCCGUCGUUACAGAGAUAUUGACAUGUGGGUUUUCGGGUUUGGGAGGAGGAGGAAGGGAUGCAGAUCUCGGGAAGUUCUGACGUAUAAAAAAUGGCGGUGCACAUCGCCAUCGUUCUGGAGAUAUCCGCCUGCGGGUUUCCGGGUUUGGAAGUUCAAGGGGAAGGAGGAGGUCAUGGCUACCUGGGCGAGAUCUGAUGUGCCAAAGGUGACAGUGCACGUCGCCGUCGUUCUGGAGAUAUGGACAUGCGGGUUUCCGGGUUUGGGAGGGGGAGGAGGAUCAGGAUGCUGGUAA